UUUUCCCCACUUUAUUUCGCUUUUUUUUUCAAGUGUAAGCUUCCAAGUCUUUGCUCUGCCUCAUUUAGUGAAACAUUUAUUUUAGAAUCAACUUGUAUUUUUCAAGACUGAAACAACGCAAGGCAUUUCCUGAGGAACUGCAAGGAUGAGCAGCAUGAAAGGACAACAGUGGAGGACAUGUGGAACUUUAGUAGUGCUCUUUAUUUUUCAAGUUCAGAUUUUUGGUUUCGAUGUUGACAAUCAACCUGCAACAGAUGUUUGCUCGACACACACCAUUUUACCUGGACCAAAAGGGGAUGACGGUGAAAAAGGAGAUCAAGGGGAGGUCGGAAAACAUGGAAAAGUAGGCCCCAAAGGACCAAAAGGAAACAAAGGAGCUGUGGGGGAUAGUGGGGAUCAGGGAAUGAUUGGAAAAAUUGGCCCAAUCGGUGGAAAAGGUGACAGAGGAAUCAAAGGUUUAUCUGGGGUGUCUGGAGGGAAGGGAAAAGCAGGCACGGUCUGUGACUGUGGGAGAUACCGCAAAGUUGUUGGACAACUGGAUAUUAAUGUUGCUCGACUCAAGACAUCCAUGAAAUUUGUCAAAAAUGUAAUAGCAGGAAUCAGGGAAACAGAUGAGAAAUUCUAUUACAUUGUCCAAGAAGAAAAGAGCUACAAGGAGGCAGUGACCCACUGCAGGAUCAGAGGGGGGAUGCUGGCAAUGCCGAAGGAUGAGGCAGCCAAUGCACUGAUUGCUGACUACGUCUCCAAGAACGGCCUCUUCCGUGUGUUCAUUGGGGUGAACGAUAUGGAAAAGGAAGGGCAGUUCAUGUAUGCAGACAACACCCCAUUGCAAAAUUACAGCAACUGGAAGGCAGGGGAGCCGAAGAACACGUCUGUGCAUGAGGACUGUGUGGAAAUGCUCAGCACGGGAGAGUGGAAUGAUUCAGAGUGCCAUCUGGCUAUCUACUUUGUCUGUGAAUUCAAGAAGAGAAAAUAAAAUGCCAGAGUGCUUGCCAGGCAGCUUCUGGACCUGCAAUAAUUCCCCCUGAUUUAUCCAUUAGAGGUGAUGCGCUGGGCAGGGCUAGGAGGGAUAGGGCCUGAUGCUGCACUCACAUACACUGGUGUAAAGCAGGAGUAACUAUGUUUAAGCCAGUGGAGUUACACUGGUGCUCGUGGAGUCAGAAUCAGGCCUGCAGACAGCUCCUAGCUUCCCAACUCAUGGGGAAAAUCAGUGAUUUUUAUUUGGGGUUUAAAGUUCUUGGGCUAAAUUUAGAACCAGCAUGAAUGAGUCUGCCUCCAUUGAUGGAGUGACAGUAUGUGAAUAAUGAGGAAAGUAACUGGUGGAACAGCUUAUUGAAAUGUUGCACAAACUCCACUGAGGGAGAGUAUGGCUUUUAGCCACACCAGCACUGCACUGGGGGUGGCGCACAACCACACUGCUCCACAGGCAGCACUAGAUGGUAGACUGCACCAGGGAGGCACAAAAUUUUCUGCAGCUCCCUGGUUGUGUUAAGGAGUGGAGGAGUAGUGUGCAAUGUCCCUUUAAGAGCUGCGAAAAACCUCCUCUACUGCCCCCAUGGUAGCUGGAUGGAUAUGCUGGCUGGUAUGGAGCAUCGUUCCACCUCUCCCCAGCCUCCCCACUGCUCCCCACCUCUCCCUGGCCAGUUGCUCUGAGGUAGGGGUUACUGGGUCUGAGGCUCCAGGGGGUUCUGGACCACUGCACUGUUCAGCCUUUUUCUUUCUCCAGUGAUUGGCUGGCUGUGGGUUUUGUUGGUUUGAUUUUUGGAUUGGGUUUUUUUUCCUCAGCCACUUGGGGGAUGAGAGGUGAGCACCAAAAACGUUUUCUGCCCUGGUCAGCUUACUGGCUAGGGCUGCUCCUGCUUGCAAGUGGUCAGCAAUGAAAGCAAAGAUCCCAGUUAUUUAUUAUUCUACUUUGGCAUUUACCUAAGAGGCCAGAUUUUGAUACCCUUGCUGGUGCUUCCUCCCUGAGUACUCCUGGUGAAAUCAUUGGGGCUACUCCAAGACCCUCCGUAGGAAAUACUCCAAGAUCAUUUGGAUAUCAGGCUUGAUUUUAACCCCGAUUUUAAAGGUGUGUAGGACAUAACAUUUUAAAAAGUGAUUUAGGUGCUUAGGAGUCUAAGGCUAUGUCUACACUACCACGGUAAGUCGACCUACGCUACGCAAUGUACCUUAGGUCGAGUUACUGCAGGGUCUACACCACGG